CUCGAGCUCUAUUGCAAGUCUGGACAAGAUUUCGACAUGACCAUUGCACGCUUUCUCGAUCCCCAUAGCAAUGAAGUCCACAGUGCUCGCAAUAAUCAUUCCAGGAGUCCUGGGGUUUAGGGCCGAAACAGGCGGUUUAUUGGAGGAAACUCUGAAUCUACCCCUGCCUAUGAUCCAGAACCUUUCAACGUCCAACAGCUUUGUUCCUAAUACCACAAACUCAUGGUGGUCAUCCUCCUACGUUCAUGCAUCUAACAACCAUGAUUACUUGAUCGUCUCCCAAUGUUUGCUGAUGAACGCUGGCUUGUACCGAGGCUCCAUCCUUGAUAUCACCGACCCGAGCUUCUAUCGCCAAUUCGAGCGUUUCGCAACUGGCCCCCUUACAGAUCCAGGUCUGAGUAGCGGUGGCAUUCUCAACAUCACCUUUGAGCAGUAUGGCUUCCACACGACAAAUUACGACGAUCCACUCCAGGAACUACGCACCUGGAGUGCCGUCGAGGGCGUGGAGUUCGACAUACGAAUUCAUCUCUCUACGCCCGUGAUACUCAACGGCGGCACCGGUCUCUUCCAAUGGGGCUCCGAGUUGACCCACGAAUGGUCCAUGCCUGCCGGUCUCACGCUGGGCAGCUUCGUCGUCAACGGCUCCCGACUGACCAUUGAUCCUACGCGGUCCCUAACCUGGUACGACCGGCAGUUAAUGUGGCCGAAUACACUGGCGAAGGUGGCAAACAAGGCCAAUUGGACGUGGUUUGAAGUGCACCUUGACGACAACUCCCACAACAACAACGCGCCCACUGGCAGAGCCGACAAACUGUCGAUCUGGGUGUGGGACACCACCGACCAUCGCCGUACGCAGUUUGCAACGGCCCGCCACCGCCCGGGCAUUCACCAGGUCCUGCCUGUCACUGCGUUUGUCCCAUCUCGAAGAACCUGGACCUCGCCGGUUUCGAAGGCCACUUACCCUCUGGACUGGGUGGUUACCCUCUGGGAUGGAACUACGCUGUCGAUCUCAAGCGUGCGACCGGACCAGGAGCUUUGUGAUGCAACGGGGCUCUCGCCUACAUACGAGGGUUAUAUUCAAGUCAAUGGUUUUGAUGGAGACGGUCGAAUGAUCUCUGGGUAUGGUCUGGUUGAACAGGUUCCCGCCGGGUUUCUUCCGGCCAUGACGCUGUCGAGCGAAGAGUGAUGAUAUUGGGAAAUUCCCUUUGAGUAUGUUCUUGAGUCAGCUGCAGCUGGUAUGCUGUGUAUCUGAUACUUGUUGCCUGUUGGGUCACGUAUCAUAUUUGUCCUAUGCAGGAGCAUGCUGUGGAAGAAAGAUUGAGUGUCGCCACAUUUUAUAUGUUGAGAGGCCGCGGUUGGG